AUGGCUCAUAGGGGGUUCCGUCCAAAAGAGCAAGAGGAGAAGGAAGCUUGCAUAUUCUUUCCUACUUUCAAGCGUGAAACUAUAUUCCUUUUGAACUUCAAAUUGAGUUUAUUUGAUGAAAUCAUGGACCCUUAUGCUCAUCCAUGGAAUUUUCUUAGUCGUCUAAAUAGUCAAACUAUCUCUGCUCAAACAAGGGGCUAUGAAGAUUCUCCGAUGUUGCCUCUUGCCAUCAUUUUAAAGAGAGCCUCUAGUGCCUCCGCCCUGUCUUUGAGAGUUACAAUAUUUCCAUUUCUUUUCCUUGGUUGCAAAAAGAUUUCGAUGCCUAUUGAAGUUUCUAGAGGAGAAGAGGGGACCAUCAAUUUUGCAAAUGCACAUUCAUUCCAAGUCUGGGGACCAUCAAUUUUGCAAAUGCACAUUCAUUCCAAGUCUCACCACGUCAAAAUGAAAGCAUUACUCAAGCCAAGCUUGAAAGACCGUUCAAGAAUAGAGAUUACGACAAACUUCCAUUCCUUGGGGAAAUUUGGCAUUGGGUAG